AUUUCAGGUGACAAACACGCCUUGGGGGGAGAGAGUGAGGUUCGGGUUCAGGCCGGGUUCAGAUUUGGUGGCCAAACCCUUGCAUGUUAGCCCAUUCAUGGAUACUCAAAGGAGGAGCUCCAGCAUGUGCCUGCUCUUCACAAUACAGGCUCAGCUUCUUUGAUAAUCUUCAUGAGGCGUUUCUUGUCCAUCUUCUUUGGUGGUUAUCGCAUUGCAUUUUCUAUUUGAGAAGCAAAUGGCAUGUAGAGUCAAAGAAAGGAGGCUUGGUAGGUCCUAGGAGCAAACCUUGCUUUGAUACCAUUGCAAAGCUCUGCAAGAGAACUUCCAAGGAGGACAUGCUGGGGAACUGGAACCUCCAUGCUGAUGAACCAGGAGAAAAUUUAUUUCUUGCAAUUUCAAUUCAACAUCCAACGUUGGGAAAUUAUUUUACUGCUAUUUUAAGUGCCAAAAGAGUUGAUUCAUCUUCAAAUUCACUUAAUCUGGCAUUGUAUUUCUGGCUGAUGCCUCACAAAGUUGCGGUGUGGAUUUACUUGCAGGUGGCGAGAUGGAUUUUUGAAAUAACCACCACGAUUAUCAAAACGACCUAAACGACCUCGACCACGUUCGCGCCCACGGCCACGAUCACGACCAAGACCACGGCCUUGUGUUUGAUUAUGAUGCUGAUACGUAGUCACAUUCACUUUAGGGAACGGAGCAGAACCAGUUAGACGUGCUUCAUGAUUUUUCAUCAGGAGCUCAUUAUUUUGUUCAGCCACGAGAAGACAAGAAAUCAAUUCAGAAUAUUUCUUAAAACCCUUUUCACGAUAUUGCUGCUGCAGGAGCAAAUUUGAUGCAUGAAAAGUAGAAAAAGUCUUUUCCAGCAUAUCCUCAUCAGUGACUUUGUCCCCACAUAAUUUUAACUGGGAGCUAAUUCGAAACAUAGCUGAAUUAUAUGCACUUAUUGUUUUAUAAUCUUGUAAACGUAAAUGCAUCCAGUCAUAACAAGCUUUGGGAAGAAUAACCGUCUUCUGGUGGUCAUACCUCUCUUUUAGGCUAUUCCAAAGGACAAGGGGAUCAUUUACCGUUAAAUAUUCCGCUUUCAGGCCCUCUUGAAGGUGGUGUCGAAGGAAAAUCAUUGCUUUUGCUUUAUCCUGAUUGGAUGCAUCAUUACCAUCUUUAAUUGUAUCUCCAAGGGCAUUAGCUUCCAGAUGGAUUUCAGCGCCAAGUAUCCAUGAUAAAUAAUUUUUGCCUGUGAUGUCUACAAACUCAAGCUUUGCCAAAUUUGCCAUGAUGCUAUUAUAAAAAACAAGGUAGUAUAUGAUCAAUUUAUAGUUACAAAAAUUCAUAAGUAUUUACAAAGAAACAAACAAGACAGAGUUCAUAAGACGUAGGUGAUGGCAUGUGCAUGCAUCCAAUAAAUAUGCAAAAUAAAAUAUAAA